AUGGCCCUUAUCCCGUGUGCUUGCACGACGCUUGCAGCCCCCGCGUUGCUUGUAUCGAUGUCUGACCAGUUUUCAACGAAAAUGCCACCCACCAGUGCCGUCACCGAGUAUACGAGCGUGUCCCUGAAGCCAGAAGCCGAGGAAGGUGUUCUGGUCGAAGGGGGACCGGUCGCAAAGCAGGUGGAUACUAUUCUCGCUCACAAAGGCGUCGUUUCUGUACACUAUGCUACACCUAUCGAGAAGCCCCAUCAGCUAUGGACAUUUGUGGAAUGGGAAUCCCUUGAUCACCAGGGAGGAUCUCGUGUUACUGUUGCUGGGUUCGAUAAGAUCAUUGAUCUGUCUGCUCCACAGAUCAAGGCUCACAUCUCCCCGACGGUGGCCUCCAUAUUCAAUGACAAGGCGAACCCGGUCGUUGAGGUGCUCAAUAUGAGCUUCCCCGCAGAUAUCGAUGCUUCCCAAAAGGCCAUCGUCGAGUCUAGAUGGGCUGAGUUCGUUGAUAAGGCUCUCAGUCACCCCACUACCUUUGGCAACCACGUCCAAGGAUGGACCAUAGAAGAUGACGUCGUCGUCCCGGGUGAUGAAGCAAAAACGGGAAAGAUCUUUGUCGCGUUUAUAUCUUGGCCAAGCUUGAACAAGCACAUGGAAAAGAGGAUGACGGAUGAGUUCAAGGACAACAUUGCUCUUCUGCGAACCUUGCCUGGCUUGAUCAAGAUGAGCAUGUUCCAUGUUCAGUGCACUACAAAGCACGCUUAG